AUGGUUUUAGUUCAAGAUUUAUUACACCCAUCCCCAGCCACCGAAGCUAAGCAACACAAGUUGAAGUUGUUGGUUCAACAACCAAGAUCAUUUUUCAUGGAUGUCAAAUGUCAAGGAUGUUUAAACAUCACCACCGUUUUCAGCCAUGCUCAAACUGCCGUCACUUGUGAUUCCUGCUCUACUGUAUUGUGUACUCCAACUGGUGGUAAGGCUAAGUUGACUGAAGGUUGUUCUUUUAGAAGAAAGUAA